AUGUAUGAAUAUUGUUUCUCAGAAUUACUGAUUCGAUUAAAUUAUCUAAAAUCUAGAGUAGAAAAUUGUUAUGAUUGUUCUUUAAAAAAAAUACUAAAUAAAUCCAAAUCUAAUUUAAAUGCUUUCAAUAAUUUAUUGGAAGAAUAUUUAGAAAUAAUUUCUGAAUUUUCUCAUGCCAAUAUCCCACCUGUAAUUUUGAACAAUCAUUUUGUUGUUUAAAAUGUUACAGCUAAGAAUAUAUUUAUCAAUAUUUGUAAAAGUAAUAUUUGA